ACCAUACGGCAGACUCUCCAAAGGACACUGCAGUAUUAUGAGCAUCAAGUUAUUGGUUACAGGGAUGCAGAAAAGAACUUUCAUAAUAUAUCAAACAGAUGCUCGUAUACAGACUACUCUGGCAAUGAUGAAGCUGAAGAUGUCUCAGGAAUUCUCCAGUGUACAGCUAAUAUACUUGGUUUGAAGUUUGAAGAAAUGCAAGAAAAAUUUGGGGAGGAAUUCUUCAAUAUCUGCUUUGAUGAAAAUGAAAGAGUUCUUCGAGCUGUAGGUGGCACCUUGCAGGACUUCUUCAAUGGUUUUGAUGCAUUGCUGGAGCACAUUAGAACUUCAUUUGGAAGACAGGCCACUCUGGAAUCCCCUUCUUUCCUAUGCAAAGAGCUUCCUGAAGGCAAUCUUAUGCUCCAGUACUUUCACCCACAUCAUAUUGUUGGAUUUGCAAUGAUGGGGAUGAUAAAGGCGGCAGCAAAAAAGAUUUACCAUUUGGAAGUGGAAGUGGAACAAAUCACUAAUGAUAAAUUGUGCUCAGAGGGGUCAAACCCUGGCAACUGCAGCAGUCUUACUUUUCUUAUCAAGGAACGUGAAAAUGCAAAUAUCACAAAAACACUUCCACUAGGAACGUCCCAGUCCCCCUCAGACCUGAGGAUAAGCAUCAGCACCUUCUGCAGAGCUUUUCCCUUCCAUCUGAUGUUUGAUCCCAACAUGCUGGUGCUCCAGCUUGGGGAAGGUCUUAGGAAGCAGCUCAGAUGUGAUGUUCACAAAACAUUGACAUUCCAGGACUGCUUUGACAUAGUUUCUCCAAAGAUCAGUGCCACAUUUGAACGAGUCCUCCUGAGAUUAUCAACCCCGUUUGUGAUUCGGACCAAACUUGAGGCUUCUGGCUCUGAAAAUAAAGAUAAGGUGAUGGAAAUCAAAGGCCAAAUGAUCCACGUGCCUGAAUCAAAUUCCAUUUUGUUUUUGGGUUCCCCUUGUGUGGACAAGCUAGAUGAACUGAUGGGCCGAGGCCUCCAUCUUUCAGACAUACCUAUCCACGAUGCUACCCGUGAUGUUAUACUGGUUGGGGAGCAGGCAAAGGCCCAAGAUGGCUUGAAAAAACGAAUGGAUAAAUUGAAGGCAACAUUAGAAUGUACACACCAAGCUCUGGAAGAAGAAAAAAAGAGGACAGUAGAUCUUCUGAUUUCAAUUUUCCCAGAAAAUGUGGCUCAACAAUUAUGGCAGGGGCAGCAAGUUCAGGCCAGGAAGUUUGAUGAUGUCACCAUGCUCUUUUCAGACAUUGUUGGCUUUACGGCUAUCUGUGCCCAGUGCACACCCAUGCAGGUGAUCAGCAUGCUGAAUGAGCUCUAUACUCGAUUCGACCAUCAGUGUGGAUUCCUCGAUAUCUACAAGGUGGAAACAAUAGGUGAUGCGUACUGUGUCGCAGCAGGGCUCCAUAAAAAGAGCCUUAGCCAUGCUAAAGCCAUUGCCCUGAUGGCUCUGAAGAUGAUGGAACUUUCAGAAGAGGUUCUUACUCCAGAUGGGAGCCCUAUUAAGAUGAGAAUAGGCAUUCACUCAGGAUCAGUUCUGGCUGGAGUUGUUGGGGUUAGAAUGCCACGUUAUUGUCUCUUUGGAAACAACGUCACGCUUGCGAGCAAGUUUGAGUCAGGAAGUCAUCCACGACGCAUCAAUGUCAGUCCAACCACAUACCAGCUUCUGAAAAAAGAAGAAAAUUUUAUCUUUAUUCCUCGGUCCCGUGAAGAGCUUCCAGAUAACUUUCCAAAGGAAAUUCCUGGGAUCUGUUACUUCCUGGAGGUCAGAAGUGGUCAGAAGCAGCCAAAGCCUUCCAUCACAUCUGCCAGAGUGAGAAAGGUUUCUUACAACAUUGGCACUAUGUUCCUUCGGGAGACUAGCCUAUGAGGCCUGCUACAGAUCAAAGACUCGUCAAAAAAGCACAAGCCCAGAACUGGGUCAUGACAGGAGAGUUGGAGAUUCUUUCUGUUUCACUGCCUUGUUCUGAACAAGCAGGAAAAGCUUGGUGUAAUGUGAGGCAAUAAUUAUUUUAAAAGGUGGGUGACUGCUGUCAUUAAACAACCUGGAAAGAGGGACAAAAAGAAACAAAAUACUUCCAUUUCCUGAGGAAUUAUUGGUCAUAAAUUUAAAUCUGGCCCUUAACAAAAAACCACACACAUACUCAAACCAAAAUGAAUAUUUGAGCUUGAUUUUUUUCUCUACAGAAAUAGGAGGUGGUUCUCUGUAGAUUUGCACCAGCUAAGCAGAAUUGAGAGUCAGUUCUGAUUAUGCAUUCCUACAUUUAAUGUGUUAUUCAGUAAGGUAACAAUGUUUUUUAACUUUAUGAGCAAACAUUUCAUACAUAUACUGUAGAGUUGCUGUAACCUUCCUGACAGGAGGAAUUAUAAUUCAGUACAAUAUUGUAGGGAUUUUACCUAUUUUUAUACAUAUUUCACUUUCUGAACAAUUACAUUCAACACACUGUAAAAUGAGUGAGCUUAGUCAGCUUUACAGAAUAAUCUACUGUAUAUUUCAUGUACUCUAUCAGAGCGUAUUGUUAUACACAUGGUAAGAAGUCAUUUUUUGACUUUUGGCAACAAAGAUACCAAUAUUUUGCAAAAGAAAAAAUAAUACUUUGGUAAAUUUCCUUCCCCGAUAUGCAAGUUUUAGAUGAGCACUAUCUUACAUAUAUGAAUGAUGUUUGAUCUUUGUCCUACUAGUGAUGUGUGUCCAAUCUUUUCAGGACAAUGAAAACCAAGGCUAAAAGGUCAAUGUCUUGAUCGAUAGAAAAAAGACUCUUGCACACGAUGGACCAUAUCUCAUACCAUCAGGUUUUAUAUAGAAGUAACCAGUGGAGUCUUUUAUUUAAAAACUGCUGGUAUGUUGUAGCAUAUUAAAAAAACUCUCCAAAACACAUUUGAAAAUCUACAGAUGGGGGUUUUUUAUUCACUUUUAAUAGGGCUUGUAUUCAUAAGCCACUUAAGAGGUUUUGAAAAUCCCAUACAUUAUUACUGAUAUUACUCUGGCAGUUAAAUCUGUUGCUGGAGUGGCUGUAAUGCCCUUGCUUUAUCUAGUGUAGAAUAAACAAAAGACACUUUUUAGCCAGAAGAAAAGAAAUAAAAAAGGAAAAAUUCUUACCUAAGCAUAAUGCAAAUAGUUUUUCAAAAUUCAGAUUAAUCAAGGUCUAUCAAAAUUAAAGACCAAUUCUCAUCUGGUGAAAAUUGACAUCUCUUUAUUUUCUUCAGUAGAUUUAUGCCAGUUUGCAACUGAUGAGGAUCUGCUCUUAGCAAAACCACAGCUUCAGAUAGAUUUUAUUUCUCUGGUUUCACCCUUUUCCUUGGGUUUCCUUUUCUAUCAGCAAAGACUGUACAAUUACUUAUGCAAUUCCUAACCCAGAGUGGGAGGGGGGUCAUACCCACUUAGACCAACAUAGUUCUACUCUUAUGGAAAAGAGUUUAUUAGCUGAUGUUUGUCCAGUGCUUCCGGAGAGAUAUAGCUCUAUAUGGACGAGAUCCAAAGUCUACUACAAUCAGAGAAAAGACUCAGUUUUACUGGGAGCUUGCUGAAUGUUUUCCUCUUUUUAAAAAUCAGAUCAGUUAUUUGGGUGCUUAUGUAUGGACUUUAGGUCCUAACUGAAAGUUCCCAUUAUAACAACCCCACCCCCAACCAAAACAUAAAUAUGGUCUUUUGGCCAAAUGAUCUUGUUAAAUUUUGCUGGGAAGGACAUGUAAAAGCUGAAAACUGACUCCUUUGACCAACAUGCUGUGGUAGGAUUCAAUGAGUCAGCACAUUGUCACCCCCGACUCUGCAGAACAUAUAGAGUCUGCAGUUUCUGGUAAGGAUGACUAGGUGAAGAAGAGGUAAUUUUGCGGAUUUUCUUUAUGUGAGAUGCACCUGAUUUUGUUAUGAGAGUCUCUCACUGCCUUAGAAGAGAAGGGGCCUGGGAACUAGCACUAAGAAUUGUUUAAAUGUGAAUGUCCCAGCCUUCUGAAAGUACACUAAGCUUACUGGUUUUUCCCAUGAAUCUCAGAGCAUUCUUAGGUUCAGAGGUUCAGAUGUCUGUCUUCCAUCCACUGUACUGGGAAGUAAUUGCAAGCUUUUUGCCCUUCUUCCCAUUCAAAGGUUAGCUUGGUGAAAACCCUUUCGUUUAAGGCUGCAGAGUUUUCACACAAAUUGCAGAUACCCCAUGGCUUUCUACAUAGGAGUGGAUACUUUAGCUUAUAGUCAUCAGUUUACACAUGUACAGUAUGUAAAGUACAUUCAUUUUUCAGUGAAAAUUAAUGAUGUAUAGUAGAGCUGCAGAUGAAGACAUGGUCCAAUUUACCUACCCCACCUCCAGUCCAGUACGGCUGAGGCUGUGCUGUUGCUGCCUAAUCCAAACAAUUAUAGCAGCCAGUCAUAUGUAUGUAUUGAAUUCCUAACCUCUGAAAACAUUACUGGCAUACCUUUACUCUACAGUAGUUUGAUCUAAAGUUAUCUUAUCCCACUGGCCACAUCUACAUGAAUUGUUGACUGCACAGUAGCCCACAACUACUGUGCAGUAGCAUCACAUGGCAGCAACUAUAAUAUGAUAAUACUGCACAGUAGUCUCGGGCAGUUGUUGCCAUGUGACACUACUGCACAGUAGUCUUAGGCUACUGAGUAGUCAGCAUUACAGAAAACCUGUGCAUCAACACUACUUAGGUUACUGCGCAGUCAUUUAGUACUUUUUUAUACAGUAUCUGCUGUCUUGUGUAUAAAUGAGUACUAAAUGACUGUGCAGUAAUGACUAUGCAGUCAGCAUCACGUGUAGAUGCGGCCAUUAUCUCCCUCAUAAUGCACAGUUCUUAGUUUAUUUGAUCAUAGUAUUUCUACAGAAAAGAUAUAUGGGUAGGUAAUCUUGGAGAUCAGUGCAAAAACUAAGAAUUGUUGCUAGCAUCACCAAAUAAAUUAGCCAGCUCUCCAAAUCAGCGCAGAUUCACUGUACAAGAAUAUACAGGCUCCACUUUUAUUUAAGCUUCCAUAAAGUUGCCAUGCCCAAAAUAUCAGUAGUUAUGCAAAGUGAGCAUUGUUUAUUUGUGUAAUGGUGUGUAAACUUGAUUUAAAAAAACUGCUGUCCCUAGGAAAAAUUCCCUGGCUCCAUGUGAGAGAAAAGUAUAAACAUGUUUUCAACACUAUUAAACUUAUUAUUUGUACCUGCUGUAAUCAUGCAAGUAUAUUGUUGACUCAUCUAUACAGUGAAGGAAUUUUUUUUAGCCAGAGAAGUGGUGUGAAUACAGCAAGAUUCGAGUAAGAUAUUAGAUUUCUCCAAUGAUGGCUCCUGUUGGUAAAAGAAAAACCCUUCUCUAUGAAGUUUGCAUUCUAUGUGUGAAUGAUUUUCCCUGCAGGAGUUGACUUUGGGUUCCCAGACUGCAUAUGCAAGGGGUAGCUGGAAAAGAGUGUAUUUCUGUGCAGUGAUUAAAUAAGCGCAGAAUUCAAAUAUUGGUUUUGGAACUUCCCUUCUACCUGUACAGUAAAUGUUCUUUGCAUGGACAGGGACUAGGAGUUGUGUAACAAUUACUUUGCUUAACUAUAAGUAGCAGUAUCUGCUGUCUUGAGCUUCCACAAAGACAAAAUCCAUCCUCCUUGAAGGUGCUGCAUACAGAGAAAUGUAAGGGAAAGGCUAUAUAGGCCAUUAGAAUACACAUGACACAAACUGGCGGUAUUGGCUUUCCCUCUGCUUCAGAACAGGGGACAUUGGGGUAAAGACAACGAAUUUACUACAUGAGAGGAAUCAUCACAAAGGCUAAAUAAUCAUGAGGGAGUUGGAUUUUUCCUUCCAUUUGAACCUCCCAAUAGCUCAUGCUCUUCAGUGAAAUUACAUGGAAAGAGUCCAAGAACUGGGCCAUAAGGCAAGAAGAAAAUAGUAGUAGAGAAAGUAGAAUGUUGGCAAAAGUUAGAUUCCCAGUCCCUGUAGUGAUAGCUGCCAUACGUAGCCACAGGCUCUGACAUCAGAGAAUUACUGCUGUGUCAUAACUCUGGAUCCAGGUGUGCAGCCACAUACAUUCCCCAGGGGACAAGCAGUAACAGCACACAUAUGGUGCCACUGCUGUUUGUCCCUGGGGAAUGCCUGCGCAUAUGUGCUCUAGUGUGUGGCAGGUUGCUUUGGUGGGGGGGAGGGGAGGCUGGGACCAGCACUUGGCCUGGCCCCAGCAGCCUUACCUGGGAUCCUGGGGGCCUCCCAGUUCUCCAGCACUGGUGAUCUGGCAGCAGGGAGCCUGGCCAGCAGCUGGAGCAUGGCUUCAGUCAACCAGGCUCCAAUUUUGGGUGGUUUACGCUACAGCCACAUG